AUGAAGCUGUCGACAAUAACCUGCGCCCUGUUGGGCUUGGCCAGCGAGGUUGCUGCCACGGCCCUGACUUACAAGCUCGUCGCCAACGAGAAGGCCUGCUUCUUCGCCACGACCAAGAAGCCUAACGAGAAGAUUGCCUUUUACUUUGCCGUACAAUCAGGAGGCUCGUUCGAUAUCGACUAUGAAGUGACCGGCCCCGAUGGCAAUAUUAUUAUGGAUGGGCAGAAGGAACGCCAGGGCGACUUUGUCUUUACCGGCAAGCAGAUUGGCGACUACAAGUUCUGCUUCAACAACGAGAUGAGCACCUUCGCCGAGAAGUUCGUCGACUUCGAGCUUGCGGUCGAAGACGAGGCCCGCGUUAGCAUCCCUUCGAAGCAGGGCAGCUCCCCUGAACAGACCUCGGCUCUCGAGGAGUCCCUUUUCAAGAUCUCGAUGCAGCUUUCUACCGUCACCCGCAACCAAAAGUACUUCCGCACGCGCGAAAACCGCAACUUCAGCACGGUCAGGAGCACCGAGAAGCGAAUUGUCAACUUCAGUUUGAUUCAGAUUUUGCUGGUCAUUGCGAUGGGUGCUCUACAGGUCUUCAUUGUUAGAUUCUUCUUCCAGGCUGGCCUCAGAAUGUUAACAUAUUUGACAACACAGGGCGCGCGGAAGGGUUACGUAUAA